CAACAAUUGCACAAAUUAAAAAAAUCAAGUCCUAAUAAAAACGGCCGACGACCCAUCCGCCAUUGCUAAUCUGUAAAUCGGACCCAACGCGUUUUCACCUCCACAUUUUCUCUCUCCUUUCUUCUUCUUCUUCUCAUACAUUCCAAUUUCACAGAACCUAAAAACGUCAUCGUUUUCCAACCACUAAAAAAACCCACAUCCUCCAUUAUCAAAAUUCCUUCAUUUUCUCUCUCCUCUUCUUUUUGCUCAUGAUUGAUUAUGAGAUCCAUACAAUCACAUCUUCCUCAAUUACACCUUUCUCCUCUUUAAUCUCAUCUUCAAUUCCUUAGAAAAAUGUCAGAUCUCUAGCAAAAAUUGAAGAUCCACAAAAGCAAAUUUCUAGGGUUUUGGAAUUUUUGUUCGUCGUUUUUUCCAGCCCUAAUUCAUCGGUUUCAAAUUAGGGCAAAAAAUUAUGAAAACGACGAACAGAUUCUUCACGAUUGGGCUGGUAACAGCAUGGUAUUCAUCAAACAUUGGGGUUUUACUGCUAAACAAGUAUUUGUUAAGCAAUUAUGGGUUUAAGUACCCGAUCUUUCUAACGAUGUGUCAUAUGACUGCUUGUUCAUUGUUGAGUUACAUUGCUAUAGCUUGGAUGAAGAUGGUUCCUAUGCAAACUAUAAGAUCUCGAGUUCAAUUCUUCAAAAUUGCAGCACUUAGUCUUAUUUUUUGUGCUUCUGUUGUUAGUGGGAAUAUUUCAUUGAAAUAUCUUCCUGUUUCGUUUAAUCAAGCAAUUGGUGCUACCACGCCUUUUUUCACUGCUGUUUUUGCUUAUAUUAUGACGUUUAAGAGGGAAGCUUGGCUUACUUAUUUCACUCUUCUUCCUGUUGUUACUGGUGUUGUUAUUGCUAGUGGGGGUGAACCGAGUUUCCAUCUUUUCGGGUUUAUAAUGUGUGUAGGUGCAACGGCUGCUAGGGCUCUUAAAUCAGUGGUUCAGGGUAUUUUGCUGUCUUCUGAAGGGGAGAAGCUCAAUUCUAUGAACCUUCUACUUUAUAUGGCUCCAAUAGCUGUUGUUUUCCUUCUUCCUGCAACACUAUUCAUGGAAGAAAAUGUGGUUGGUAUUGCUCUGGCUCUUGCAAGGGAAGAUGUCAAGAUAGUGUGGUACUUGAUUUUUAAUUCAUCACUGGCGUACUUUGUGAAUCUGACUAACUUCCUGGUCACCAAGCACACCAGUGCUUUGACUCUCCAGGUCCUUGGAAAUGCAAAGGGUGCGGUUGCUGUUGUCAUCUCAAUUUUGAUCUUUAAAAACCCCGUCUCAGUUACCGGGAUGCUUGGUUAUUCACUCACAGUCCUCGGAGUCAUCCUCUACAGCGAAGCCAAGAAAAGAAGCAAAUCAACAAGUUGAGAAAAACGAUAGGAAACAGUUUUACUCAUAUUCUUCCUUCCUCUGUGGAAACAGCAUCGAUUUGCCUUGCCGUGGACAAAAGGGUUAACAAUACACUUUUAAUUUGGAGCCCAGAGGUUCUGCAAUUUGUAUCUCAGAUUCUCCCCUGUAAGUCUUGGGGAUGGGUUUUUGCUUGUACCAUCAACACCAGAAAUGAUUUAGUAAACUAAAUAUGUAGGAGUUGAAAAGAAAAAAAAAACAAUAAGCAACUGCUCUUUCUUUAUUCUUGUUAAAUUGGGUUUAUAUUGGGAAGGGGGGUUGAUAUUUUGUAUUCUUUUAGCAAAAAGGUUGUAGAAUUGCAAUUUCUAUACAGUAUGUCCUGUUAACAAUUCAAAAUUCAGUAAUUAAUGAAAGACAUUCAUCAAUUAAGAUUUCCGCUUCA